UCGAGGCCGGGGCUGGGGCUUUGACAGCUGAAACCGGGGCGGUCGGCGCGGCGCCAGCGGAGGAGCCUGGGCGAGCCACAGCUGAGGGAAGGCGCGAGGCUUGGGAGACCGAACGGCAGCGGAGAGAUCCAGGCGGCGGCGGCGGCUUCGGUUUCGCCUCUUUCUUGCUGCGGACCAUGUUCGCCAAAGGCAAAGGCUCGGCGGUGCCCUCGGAUGGGCAGGCUCGGGAAAAGUUAGCUUUGUAUGUGUAUGAAUACUUGCUGCAUGUAGGAGCACAGAAAUCAGCACAGACCUUUUUAUCAGAGAUCCGAUGGGAAAAAAACAUCACACUAGGAGAACCUCCUGGGUUUUUACAUUCGUGGUGGUGUGUAUUUUGGGACCUUUACUGUGCAGCUCCGGAAAGGCGAGAUACUUGCGAACACUCGAGUGAAGCAAAAGCCUUUCAUGAUUAUAGUGCAGCUGCAGCACCAAGUCCAGUACUUGGAAACAUUCCUCCAAAUGAUGGAAUGCCAGGGGGACCCAUUCCUCCAGGUUUCUUUCAGGGACCGCCUGGCUCUCAGCCCUCGCCACACGCACAGCCUCCACCUCACAACCCCAACAGCAUGAUGGGACCCCACAGUCAGCCUUUUAUGUCACCAAGAUACGCAGGAGGUCCCCGGCCCCCAAUCAGAAUGGGAAAUCAGCCUCCAGGGGGUGUUCCUGGUACACAGCCCUUGCUGCCCAACUCAAUGGACCCCACACGACAACAAGGGCAUCCCAACAUGGGAGGGCCGAUGCAAAGGAUGAAUCCUCCACGAGGAAUGGGGCCCAUGGGUCCAGGUCCACAGACUGAUCCUUGGUUAUCAUUGCAGAACUAUGGCGGCGGAAUGAGACCUCCACCCAACUCUCUAGGGCCCGGCAUGCCUGGGAUUAACAUGGGUCCAGGAGCUGGUAGACCAUGGCCCAAUCCCAACAGCGCUAAUUCAAUUCCAUACUCUUCUUCAUCGCCUGGUACAUACGUGGGGCCCCCUGGUGGCGGAGGUCCUCCUGGGACACCUAUCAUGCCUAGCCCCGCAGAUUCGACAAAUUCAAGUGACAACAUCUACACAAUGAUUAAUCCCGUACCGCCUGGAGGCAGUCGGUCGAAUUUCCCCAUGGGACCUGGCUCAGAUGGCCCAAUGGGGGGCAUGGGUGGGAUGGAGCCGCAUCACAUGAAUGGCUCAUUAGGGUCAGGAGACAUAGAUGGACUUCCAAAAAAUUCUCCAAACAACAUAAGUGGCAUUAGCAAUCCUCCCGGCACUCCACGAGAUGAUGGUGAACUGGGAGGCAACUUCCUCCAUUCCUUCCAGAAUGACAAUUAUUCUCCCAGCAUGACGAUGAGUGUGUGAUUUCCCUCCUCCCUCACCCCGCAUCCUCUUCUCCAGGAUAAAGAAAAAGUCGGCUGCCAUUUGGAGGAUCUCAAGAAAUUAUGCAAGAAGAGAAUCUAGGUGUGUUUGGCAGGGAGACAUGCAGAGAGCCGGGGGGAGACCCACCCCUGAUUUUUAGUUUCAUGCAAUAAAAAGGCUGAACUUUUUAUUCCAUAAAACAAUGAAGGACAAAUCUUUAAAAUAUUUCAAGACAUGACCAGAUCCUUCUGCAGAAGAAGGGUUUAUUCUAUGUACAUGACACUUUUUUGUUGAUUUUUUUUCUUUGGAAACAAAACAAAAGCCUCUAGCACCCGAUUUCCAACCUCCUUUGCUUGAUUAUUCUUUUAAACCUGUUGUAUGUUUGUGCUGUGCUACGCAAGGAAGCUAGUCUAGAUAUGAAAUCUCAUGUUGUCUCUGUAGCCAUUUUAAAAUAAUUAAUAAAACUGGAGAGUUUGGUUUUUUUAUAUAUAAAUUGGUGGGUUUUGUUCGGAAGACCACUUCCUCCCUCUCCCCCCCUCACCCCCAACUUCUUUUUGUUUUGGUUGGUUUUUGUUCCCCCCCGCAUUUGAUGUUUUGCAGCACAAAACAUUCUCCAGCAAGGAAGAUCCAAGUGGAACAGAGUUCUUCUGCCUCAUUCUCAGUUGCGUAAUGCAGCUUGGCCCCCUUGUAGGAUCACAUCCUCCAAAACUUUUAAUUGUGAUCUUGGUAUCUGUGACUGUGGCAUGCACUGUAUUAGCCCCCUCCCUCCCUUGUCCUUCUCCCCAAAUUACAAAGAAAUGUUAUUAACUCCCCUUUUGCAAAACUUUUGAAGUGUCAAAAAUUCCGGGGGUGGGCGGGUAGGUGGGGUUAGGGUACGUGGCAUUUUAUUUUUUAUGUUGGGGAGGUGUUGGUCCACCAGAAUUGAAAGGGAAAGGGGUUAAAAACUUGACCUGGGACACGAAAACUGUGAGCGCAAACUUCUUAACAUUUGUUUUUUGUUUUAAUGAAAUGAUGUGAUCUUAUUAGGGUUUCACUGUAUAUGCUCUGAAACUGGAUGGAGAUAUUUUUAAGUAAUUAUUGUUGUUAAAAUGUAUACUUGCUAUUCUGUAGGCUCUCUCUCUCUCUCUCUUACUCUGUAAUUAAAAGCAAAAUUAAAAAAAAAACCCUUACCUUCUCAUGGUAGAGGUGACUACAGAAAAGCAUACAAUGUAUAGUGAAACUCGCAAGUCUUGGGAUCUCUGUACAUUACACUCCCUUGUAGCUGGUCUUUGUUUUAUAUAAAAAGAAGAAAAAACUUCACUUCUGAUCUAUGUAUUUCAUAUUAUGUAAAAUAUUAUCUUCCCCUGGAUUUACCUACCUUUGUGCGGAUUCUUGAGAACAUUGUAUCUUGUUUCAGUGUUUUUUCUUACCUUGUAGUCUGGUUCUAAAAUUAAGCGAGGGAAAAGAAAAGUAAUUAUUAUACAUUGUAGUUUGUGUACGAUAUUUGUUGAUAAUGUUUUAUUAAAGGGAUGUCUUUUUUCCGCACCCCUUAACGAAAUGUUUUUUUUUUUUGUUUGGUUUUUUUGGGGGGAAACAUUGGCUUUUUAUUAUUCUGACUGAAAACAAAAACUAUGUGAAUUGACAAACUUUUUUAGUAGUACGAUGACUUUUUUUAAUGUUUGCCUUUUUCUUAGGCAUUUUAAUUGUGUUUUCUCUGUAGAAAUAUGAUGGGGGGGUGGGGUUGACAAAUGGUUGGUCUCUCAGUCAAGAAAAUAUUUAAAAGCGGGUUGGCGGGGGGGAUAAACCGGCAAACCAAUUUGUCCCAUUGCUAAUGCAGCACCCUUUCUAUUUUUUUUAAAGGAUAACUGACAGGUUUCAUUGUAUUAAAGUGAUAGCUAAAUUAUUGUCUUCAUUGGUUCGGGGUGGUUUUUAAAAAAUGAAUCAAGACCCUCUCCUCUCCCUUUCCCCCCAUGCUGUAAUAAAUAUAAACAUUUGAUUUCA